AUGGAAAUUAGAUUACUGAAUGCUGUUGAAACUGGAAAUAUUUCCACUGUGAUUAAACUUCUGCGAAAUAAAGUAUCUGCCAAUGUGAAAAAUGAUUUGGGAGUCAGUGCUUUGGCACUGGCAUGCAAAGGUGGACAUACUGAGAUAGUUCGGCAGUUAAUCGAAGCUGGGGCUGAUGUGAACGCCUACAAUGGAGAUUUGGUCACUCCUCUACAUAUAGCAUCAUCUGGUAACCAUGUAGAAUGCAUGAAGCAUCUGAUCCUCGCCAAUGCAAAACAAGACUGUAAAUCCAAACAAGGCCUGACACCUAUUGACGUAACAGAGUAUGAGUCUGAUAUUUGGGAUAUACUACACAGUGCUCAAAAAGGGGAAAUGCCUGAACUUGAGGAAAUAAAUGACAUCGCUGAAGUGCCUGCAUUUGCAAUUGAAGGUGCAACUAAGACUAAAAAGAAAGGAAAGAAAAAGAAAGGCAAGGGAAAGAAAGGCAAAAAGGGGAAAAAAGGAGGAAAAAAGAAAAAAAAGAAAUAAACUCAAAAUAUGAUAGAAUAUUUUUAAAGCAGUAUCAUAUUAAAAUGGAACACUUUUGUAAGUUGAACACCUCUAUUUAUCAGUGGGACACUUUUCAGAAUCUCAUGACUAAAUGAACCUCUGUAAGUCAUGUAAGUGGAACACCUCCUGUCUCCCCAUUAAGUGGAAUACUUUUUAAAGGCACCAUAGUUGUUUCACUUACACAGGUUUUAUAGAACAUAGUACAUUACCUCUCAAAGACAAUCAUAGUUUUAUGUAAAUUGACACUUUGGCGUGUCUUUUAUUUGCUAAAUAUACAUUACAAUCUCAUUAGCGCAAUUAAAACUAAAAGGAAACACAUACUUGGAUUGUUUUGUUUUUCUGACAUUUUCUCUUAAAGUGACUUCAUCAUCUUUAUCAAUGGACAAGAUUUGUUAUCAGUUAGCCGCAUCCUUACAUUCAAAUUUUUGUACUUCCCGUCUUGACUUGUCUGUGAGCCUGAUAGUGUGUAUCUCUUUCCGUU